UUACUGGAACUUCUCAAGCACUUCUGUGGCCUCCAUUUGUCCUUUGAGUUAGCACAUUGGCUGCUUGUAACUUUUGCUUAACAAACUAAACUUCGUCGUUCCAAUAAAGAGCCACGAUGCAGGCCCUGCGGCAGGUCGCCGGGGUCGUCGUCAGAGUGUCCAGGCAGCAGACCACUUCUGCGGCAGCUUCUCCCGCAAAGACGGCUGCCGCCGGGGCGACCAGCAGGCGCAUGAAGUACCCCUACACACUGACGGCAAAAAUCGCCCAGUUUCCCUACAAGUUCCACUUCCAGAAAUUCUGGCUCAUCAGAUAUUUCCUCUGUGGUGGCCUUGUGGUCUACAUGGUCUUCAUGGUGUACCCCAUUCACAAGGCGGUCAACUCUCCACAGAGUAUUGAGGCUCACAAGAAAGUCAUGGCCAAGGCUGCAGAGCAGCACGGGCACCACUGAUGGACUGGCGUACACCAAAUUGGGUAUAACUCCUAGGAAAGCAAAUAAAUGGAUGAGUUGCAUUAAA